AGUAGUAUCCAAGAGAGCAUUCGAUUGUAUUCCCCAAGAAUUCGAUUGAUAAGAGGAAAGGGCUUUAAAGGCCAGGAGGCAAUAGCACAUCAUGGAAGUCGAUCAAGAGUACGGUCUCAACGUCUGUCAACGACGCCCAAUGGAGUUGUCCCCCCAAAAAGAGAGACCGUCCAAAAUGCCCAGAGCAGACGUCGUGGCUCUCGCGCAGCAGCUGAGUGACGCGGACGACUUCAUCCAAGCUAACAUAUGCAACAAGCUCAAGCCCAUCGCAGAUCAAAUGAAAUUCCUCAGGCAACAGGCUUUCCAAAUUCUAGAAUCAGCUCGGCGGGACCGCGAACUACAUCACACACAAUGUAGCUUCAAGAAGGUCCCGGGACAGAUUUAUCAUCUCUACGAAAAAGAUUGCGGUGAACGCUACAUGUCGAUGCUCAGCCCCGGCGAAUGGGCCGUCACCACGGGACCCGCACAGACCCAUCUGGGAUCCUUCAGAUUGGAAGCAGAUCAAUCCUGGACGCCAGAGCAAGACGUCAACGCUAGAGAUAAAGAAAUGCUCGCCUUCCGUCAGUUUAUUCAGAACGGUGACGGCCUGCCGGCCCUCAUGGGCUCACGGCCUUUUUGAGGAAGAGUAGGAUGAGCUCAUCACGUCCGAGAUCUUCGUACAGAAGAAGAGAAUCGGAGCGGGGACCCUUCUAGAGCCGGAGCAAGAGUCCUCCCGGACGGGUGUAGUUCCUUGACGAUUUGAAUGAGUGGACGCUCAACUGUACAAAAGUUUUGUGUAUUGUCAUCAGCAGGGCAUCACGACCGUGCCGUCUACGUCGCGCUUCAACCAGACUCCGUGAUGAGUUCUCAUCGAAUCGGAGCGUUGAGGGAAAACGGGGAGCUAUCCUAUGAGAAGGACGCAGACGGGAGAGACUUCGAGCGCGAGCAAAGU